GACGCUCCUCCUUUCGGUCGCUUUUGGGAAAAGCCGUUUCCGGGCGGAAAGGGGGAUUGUGGGAAGGCAAAAUGGCGUCCACCAAGAGGGUCCUGUAUGUGGGCGGCCUGGCGGAGGAAGUGGACGAGCGGGUGCUGCACGCCGCUUUCAUCCCCUUCGGCGACAUCACCGACAUCCAAAUCCCCUUGGAUUAUGAGACAGAAAAGCAUCGGGGUUUUGCUUUCAUUGAAUUCGAAUUGGCUGAGGAUGCUGCUGCCGCCAUCGACAACAUGAAUGAGUCUGAGCUGUUUGGGAGGACAAUCCGCGUCAACUUGGCCAAACCGAUGAGGAUCAAGGAAGGCUCCUCUCGCCCAGUCUGGUCGGACGACGACUGGCUGAAGAAAUUCUCCGGGAAGACACUUGAGGAGAAUGUGGAGGAAGAAGGGGCAGAGCCAGCCCGGUCAGAGGCCCAGGAGGGAGAGCCACCAGCGAAGAAGUCAAGGGCCAACCCCCAGGUUUACAUGGACAUCAAGAUCGGGAAUAAGCCGGCCGGCCGAUUGAACAUCCUUCUGCGAUCGGACAUUGUACCUAUGACCACUGAGAACUUCCGCUGCCUCUGCACCCACGAGAAGGGUUUUGGCUUCAAGGGAAGCAGCUUCCACCGCGUCAUCCCCCAGUUCAUGUGCCAAGGAGGGGACUUCACCAACCACAAUGGCACUGGAGGGAAAUCCAUCUACGGCAAGAAGUUUGACGAUGAGAACUUCAUUCUGAAGCACACCGGGCCUGGCCUGCUCUCCAUGGCUAACUCUGGGCCCAACACCAACAGCUCCCAGUUCUUCCUCACUUGUGACAAGACGGACUGGUUGGACGGGAAGCAUGUGGUCUUUGGGGAAGUCACUGAAGGAAUGGAUGUGGUGCGGAAGAUGGAGGCUCAAGGCACCAAAGAUGGGAAGCCAAAGGAGAAAAUUAUUAUAUCCGACUGUGGGGAAUACAUGUGAUCCUUUAUUCCGGCCGAAGCAAAAUAGAGAACUGUUCUUUGCAAACGAAAGGGGCUUUGACCUCUUCUCUGUAUCCAAAUCUACAGAGACUUUUGGAAUUUAUUUUGUACAGAAUUUUCUCCCCUUUACAUAAAAAUCUAUUUUUUU